CCCCGUGUUGUCCGCAGCUGUGUAAACGGUUUAUGGAGAAUAAUAACAAUUUGGUGACACAGUUCAUUGUUUAAUAAUUAUCCUUUGAGAUGAUCAUUAUGUUCAUCAUCAUUUACACUGUGAUAUUGUGACAGUACGCUAGGAGAGGUGUUAUUAUAUCGUGACGUCACGCGCUCACAGGUGUUGUGUUACGAAACGACCAACGCCACGCAUACAUUUAAGAAUAUAUUCAACAUGCUGGAAAAUAUAACAAAGAUUAUAUCGAUAUGGCUGCUUGCUUGCACAGCUCCACUUCCAUUCGUCUUUGCCGACCAUCCUUGCCAAGUGAUGUCUUCGCCCAAAGACGCCCCAAAAGCACUUACAGUGAAGACCGGAAGUUACUCCAUAACACUGUGGGUAAGGGGCGUCGGGACAACCCUCCAGCAGGGUAGCGAUAACGUUACCUUGCGCAUAAGUCGAAACUACUGUAAUGAGACAGUGCUUAGAAGGAGUACUGAUCUGCAAAGGUGGAUUCCUCUUUGUAUACCAGUGCAAUCAAAACCAGGGGAUUUUGUGAACGUCAGAUGUAGUGCAGACAUAGACACACUCUGGUCCACGUGUCAGCUGUCACCUUAUUCAUCCUACCCACCGUCCUACAUCUCUAGUGCAUCCGACUCGUGUUCAUCUAUGUCACCCUGCCCGACCUCUGAGCUGCCAGAAGGGUUCAACAUCUACCUGUUAACUUUCGGCGGUUCCCUCACCCUCCUACUUCUCGUCCUCAUCUUCUCCCUCUACGUCUGCUUAGUUCACCUGUCCAACAAGCUAGAACAAGGAGAUCACCGGGUGACCAUGUCAAUGUUCGAACCAUCAAGGGCCAUGUGUAGCGAGAGUGAGAGUGAGCCACACUACGCCCAGUCACCCGAGCCAACGCCAGUCAACGGCAUAGACUCCACGCUAGAAAAGGGGGAAGACGUGAAUGAAACUGGCGAUGGGUAUGGCGAUACGGACUUCACCGUCUUGACUUUAACUAGGCGAAAACCAGAGCAUGACAGCGAGAACAGCUUGUACGAGCCAGCCACCAAGCCACUAGAGUAUUAUCAGUAAUGGGUAAAAAGGUAAUUUGGUGUGGACACGUAGGUAUCGCUUUAUUGUAAUGUGUGUAAAGAUUAUGUAAUUACUUGAUUGUUGAAUGUUUGGUGAUCUCUAUAUAUAUAUUAAGUUUUGAUGUGUAUGUGGGUAUAUAUAUGUAUGUACUAAGGAUAAUAUAUCGUUCAUGAACCAAAAGAUGUUUAUGUACACAAGAAAAUAAAGAGAAUGGAGACGGGAGUAUAAAAAAAAUGCAUUAAAUAUUUUUCCCUUUUGCAAAAUUUGACACAGCUACCUCUAACAUGACGUCGAAACCACAAUUAUGUAUUGUUGCGACAAAUAAAAUAAAAAAAAUCCUCAGUGUAAACACACCGGUUUAUUAUGAAAAUGAGGCUGCCAGUUUCGGAUUCAUAUGCGUUUCUAUCACGACAGGAACUUGAUGAUGCCGCGCUCUCGUAAACAAACCUGGCUGUUUAUGUAGCUGGUUUGC